UAACAUAAAUGCUAAAUUCCAUCUAAAAUCUAGAAUGGCGGAGUUAGUGACAAACCGAGCUGAGAAGAGUGCUAUCAUAAAGAGAUUCCAAUCAUACGGAAAUGACAGCAUGGCUUACUCAAGAGAUCACUUCGAGCAAAACAAAUGUGAAGAAUGCUGUGAGUUACAAGGGGGUCGACUCAACUUCUACGAGAGUGCUAAACCUCAUCACAAUACGACUGCCACUGUGGUGAAAGUCGAGAAGAGAAGAGGGACUAACAUACUCAUUCUAAGAUGUGGACCCGGUGGUCGUACGGUUAUAUUCUUGGAAUUUGACUCGAAGAGAUUAACAGACGAAUGGCAGGAGGCACUCUGUCGAUAUACUGGCCAACCAUAUGAACCUAACCCUGUCUUACGGAGAGUGAGGUCUGAGCUACCAGCAGCAGCGAAUCGUUGGAGGAGGAGGGCAAUAACUCAAUCAACCUUUUCUGAUUUCGUCUUUGAACAGGUUGAUUCAGAUGCUGAACAAGUUGAAAAUCCACCUGAAAGUCUCGAAGAAACUCUUCCAGCUGGUACGGUAUCUACCCCGGAAGCUCCCCAAGAAUCUCCUCUUGAAGCUCCACAAGAAGUUCCUCUUGAAGCUCCCCAAGAAGUUCCCCUUGAAGCUCCCCAAGAAGUUCCCCUUGAAGCUCCCCAAGAAGUUCCCCUUGAAGCUCCCCAAGAAGCUCAUCUUGAAGCUCCCCAAGAAGCUCCUUUUGAAGCUCCCCAAGAAGUUCCGCUUGAAGCUCCCCAAAAAGUUCCGCUUGAAGCUCCCCAAGAAGUUCCUCUUAAAGCUCCCCAAGAAGUUCCGCUUGAAACUCCCCAACAAUCUCCUCUUGAAGGUCGUCCGGAAGUUCCUCCAGCUCCUCCGGUAGCUCCCCCUUCUGCACCGGGUUCACCGAUCGAAGAGCUAGUCCCAAGCUUUACCAUUGAGACGAGUGAGACAGACGAUUGUGAUGAUGCACACACUUAUUCCGGUCCUGCAAGCUUGCGAUCACGUGAUGAUGAUAGCAUUUCAACACUCGCAGACUUGGCCAAGAACUCGGUUGAGAAGGAGUGCACCCUUUCAGAUCUGCAGAAACUGAAAGUCAAAGACUGUGGAGGCGAUGUUAUUGUAAAGGAAUUGGCAACUCCUCUUUGGCACCUACAUGUUGGAGAUAAAAUAGUGAUGAUGAAUGACCAAGGUCGCCCGAUGAACGCCCGAGAAAUAACCAAGCUCAUCCAAACAUCGCCCGAAAAGACGAUAGUUCUUACUAUUGUACGAGGCGCUUUAGGUAUUGUGAGAGAGGAAGAACAUGAACUGAUCAUCAAUUUCAAAGGAUCCCAGACGGUUAGACUGGACACAGUAGAUCUGAUUCUCAGAGCAUUUACAUCCCAUUGUUCUCUAACUUAUGCUGAGAUGCCAGAGAGAUCCAAGCUCACCAUCACAGAGAUUAACAACAUCCCGGUGUCCAUUGGCUCUCAACCAGACCAGAUUGCAAUUAGUAUGAGAGAAGCUCUUGAUACCUCAAAGGGAUAUCUAACGAUUCGUCUUGUUCCACAGUCGUUGCUGGACGCUUUGGCCGAAGAGGAUGAUGAUACGCACGACGAGCAAGCACAUAAUAUGGUGGAUGAAUAGUAGUCCACGAUUAAAAAUCAGAAGAUCUUUCUUCGAAAACUAGAAGAUCUUUCUUUUAAACUUGAAGAUAUUUUUUUCCUAUACAGGACCUGUCUGUACAUCAGUGAACAUCAUUUAACACUCUUAUGCUGGUGUUCUAUGGAAAGCGUUAAAUGCCAUGAAAGUUAAGGUCAAGAAAUAGAUUUGUCGAUGGAACUCUGUGGCAAUGAGUACCAUCCAUAGCAUACAGAGCAAUGAUCUGUAUAUAUCAAUGUCCGUUUCAUUGCUGUGAAACUAUUCAGUGUGGGUGACUCAGGGCCUCUCCAAGACACCAGCCAGAUAUCCCUUCUGUUCCUACAACCUCGUAGAACAAGCAACCUAUCACUCAACAUCUUCGAACCAAUUCAAGAAAAAUAUGAAGGGUUCACAUUUUGUCAGUAAACAUUGGGUUUUUACACAUAUUUUCUUUUAUAUUAGCUUUCAUUUUUGUAGGGUUGUAUUAUUGUAUGAGCUCCCCUAUACUUGAUGGAGGACAUGUUUUAGCGCUUUGUAAUUGCAAAGAAAUAACUUGCGAAUGGUAUUGUUUAGAUGCCAUUAGGUACCUUGUAACCAUGUUGAACCCAACGUGUUUAUAACAGGGCAUGAAAUACUGACAGCAAAACAUAAGCUCAGAGAAUGUAUUCAAAACGGGUGUGAGGAGACUACAUGUAUAUAUAAAUGUAUUCAAAAACGGGUGUGAGGAGACCAUUCAGUCGAUGGUAUUUAUCUCAGAUGUUUUCAUCCAAUACUUCAAUGAAUAGUUGCAGGAAAUGGCAGUUUCUGUCUUUAUAUAAAUGUAUUAAAAAAGGGUGUGAGGAGACUACAUGUAUAUUCAAAACGGGUGUGAGGAGACCAUUCAGUCGAUGAUGUUAUUUAUCUCAGAUGUUAUCAUCCAAUACUUUGAUAAAUGGUUGCAGAAAAUUGCAGUUUCUGUUUUUAUAUACAUGUAUUUAAAAAAAAAGGGUAUGAGGAGACGACAUGUAUA